ACAUCCUCAGCUCUCCACCUUCUCCUCGGCCCUCAAAAAUCCUCUUCCCUUUUUUUCUCAGCUUCCAAUCGUCUGAUUUUGCUCCGCGUUCUGGCUGUUGCCGAGUUCUGAUUUUUAUUGUUACUUUUGGUUUUUCUGGGAUACUCUGUUAUCCACGCAGAUGCUCGCCACAAAACGUGGCCACGGAUUCUUCUAGUUCCGUGCCCGAGUGCUAUCAGGAUUACCUCAUGGUCCUAUGCAAAGCGACGGUUCUUUUUCGCACAGUGAAUACCCGAAACUGACCCUGCCCAGAAUCCAACUGCGUGAUACGACCCCAUCAAACUUAUUGGGGAAAAGGGGAUUUGCAGGAACCUGUCACGUUUGUGCGAGAAUUAUCAGCUUAUGCUUUCACCUCAAUUGUAUUGUCGCGUCAAAUCUUGCGUCUGUGAUUUUCGUUUUCAAAAGGAACAAGAAAAGGAACAGCAAAUGGUGGCUAAGGACUACGACCACUUUACAUGCGCGGUUGUGGAGGUGGGAAAAAUAAUGCGAAGUAUUGAGUUGUCAAGGCUCUUCUGGCUAUUCUUUGGUGUCUUCUCCUACGCAAGCCACGAGACAGAGCCUCGGAUUUAAGAUUUUGCUCCAACAGGAUAUAAUUUUUCUGCUCUUUUUUUCCUGCAAAAAGUUUUAUUUGCUAAUUAGAAGUGUUUGAAGUAUAGAAAGUGAUUGUUAGUUGGAGCAAGUAGCUGAGGAUCAAACAUGUAUGGCGGUAAAGAACACAAGGAUGAUAUUAAAGGAGACCCCGGUUACGUGGAAACCGACCCAAGUGGUCGCUAUGGGAGGUUUGGAGACAUUCUUGGAAAAGGAGCGAUGAAAACAGUAUACAAAGCUUUUGAUGAGGUCCUUGGAAUAGAGGUGGCAUGGAACCAGGUCAGACUCAAUGCGGCACUUAGCACACCUGAUGAUUUGCAGCGGCUUUACUCAGAGGUUCAUCUUCUCAGUACCCUCAAGCAUCAAUGCAUCAUAAGAUUCUACACCUCCUGGAUUGAUGUUGAUAAAAAGACAUUCAACUUCAUAACAGAAAUGUUCACUUCAGGGACACUGAGAGAAUACAGGAAGAAAUAUCAGCAAGUUGGCAUACAAGCAAUAAAGAAUUGGGCUUGCCAAAUCUUACAAGGUCUUGUUUACCUACACGACCAUGAUCCUCCAGUAAUUCAUAGGGACCUCAAAUGUGAUAACGUAUUUGUCAAUGGCCAUCUUGGACAAGUGAAAAUUGGUGAUCUAGGACUAGCAGCUAUUCUCCGUGGUUCCCAUUCUGCCCACAGUGUUAUAGGCACCCCAGAGUUCAUGGCACCAGAAUUAUAUGAAGAAGAAUACAAUGAACUUGUUGAUGUGUACUCAUUUGGCAUGUGUGUUUUGGAAAUGCUUACAUCUGAAUAUCCAUACAGUGAAUGUGCUAAUCCUGCACAGAUCUACAAAAAAGUAACAUCGGGAAAGCUACCUGCAGCACUUUUUCGGAUUGAAGACACAGAAGCACAGAAGUUUGUUAGAAAAUGCUUGGUAACAGCAACAGAAAGACCAUCAGCAAAAGAAUUAUUGCUUGAUCCAUUUCUUUCAUCUAAUGACACAAUAUCAAAUACAAAGUUUGAGAUUCAAAAGCCACUGUUGAAUGACAUUGAGAUAGAGAAAUUGCGUUUGACCGAUGGUUCACACAGGACCGGGAUGAAAAUCACUGGGAAGCUGAAUCCGGAGGAUGAUACAUUAUUUCUCAAAGUGCAACUUACUGAUAAAGAUGGUUCUGCAAGGAACAUUUAUUUUCCCUUUGACAUUUUAACGGAUACUCCCAUUGACGUUGCAAUGGAGAUGGUGAGGGAGUUGGAGAUCACAGAUUGGGAGCCAUUUGAAAUUUCAAGUAUGAUUGAAGCAGAGAUAUCUGCUCUGCUGCCACAAAGGAGGAGGGACUGUUUAGACACCUCUCAUAUGUUCAAUUAUCAGAAUGAUGACAACAAUGAAUCUCGAUAUCAUUUUCACUCAUUAUCAUCUUGUUCAUCAUCCCAAGAAUCAGUAUCAGGCAUAAUCACAAAAGCUGAGGAACUGCCCAAUGGAUAUUACUGGCUUCAUGAUGACUUGAUUGAUGAUUCCAGUUCCAGAUGCUCUUCACAGGGGACAUAUUCCAAUUUGAAUUAUGUUUAUGCGGAUGACCAGGAGUACAGUGUGACUUAUACAAAAAAGGAUAAACUACCAAUCACUAAGAGUCACAAAUGUAAAAUGUUUUCCCCUGGUGAAGAACUAAGCAAUGGAUUGUCUCCGUCUGGAACAAGCUGCAACUACUGUAAAGUUAUAGUAGGACCGUAUGCUGCUUCAUCUACUAGCAAAAACAAGAAGAUAGACAAUCGUAGAUUGACAAGGAACAGUUCACUUGUUGAUGUACAUAGCCAGCUACUACACCGUUCCUUAGUUGAUGAGGUAAGCAAGAGACGUUUAUUCAAGACAGUCGGAGCUGUGGAAAAUAUUGGAUUUCAGAAUCCUCUUGAAGCUCCCAGAAAAAAAUCACAACCAGUAUGUGGUGCUUUGGAUGUGAAAUCUCCAAGGAGUGGCAAGGGACAAGAACUUGGGAGUUAUUCUUUGAAUAUCAAAAGUGAAAAAUAUAGAUAGCAUAAUCUUUUGUUCUUUUGAUAGAGAGAAUGAUCGAGGCGGAUGUGGAAUCAUCGGGUUUUCAAGAACUGGUUGGCACAUUGUGAAAAAAAAAAAAAAAAAUCCAUCUCAAAGUGCCUUGCCAGGGGUGUUAGUUAAUAGUACGUGUAAGAUGUGGAUGGAGUAUACUGUGCUGCCAAAAGAAAAAAGUUCAUGAAACAUAAAGCAAGUCUCCUAAAGGAAAGCUGAACCAGCAUGCACUAAUAUUUUCUAUAUGAGGGUAAACGCUGAAGCAAUUCGACCAGUAAUGAGAUCGAAGAUGGUGGUAGUUUUAUUACUUAUCCAUCUGGGUUCUCAUUUGAGGCCACAGAAUUGCUUGCUCUUGAUGAGCAUGUGGACAUUACUUGCCUAAGUCAACACCACCAAGUAUGUUUGUGCAGUCACUUUUGUACGGUUGUUGUGUUGAGAUGCAUUUUUCCAUAUGAUGCCAAUAAUUGAUAGAUCAGUGCGAUAUAUGCUCAAUCUGGCUAAGCAUCUUACACAAAAGACAGGAUGCACGUGCCUCGUUUUAUGUGGUGAAUUGACCUUUUUGGAAGCCGCUUUUACGGAAGAUAAGUGAAGUAAAUCAAAAAACACACACAUACACACAAAAUCUUAUAGCAAUAUAUGAAAUUCUUAGGUUGACCUAAAAUAGCAUCCAAAGUUCGACCAACUUGAUCUGUGAUCUAUCCAAGAUAUUCUCUUGCGUUAAGCGGUGUUAUAACCAAGAAAGGCAUUUAUAGUCGAAAUCAUUAUUAUGACAGGCUUGGAGCAAAACGACCGGUUUUUCAGUAUAUGAUCAUGCUUGUAGGAAAACAAUUAUAAUGUUUGUUCCUUGAUGAUGAAGCCCAAUUAUGUUGGAUCUUUGUUGAA